UGGGCGGGACUGGGGGAGACUGGGAGGGACUGGGCGGGACUGGGAGGGACUGGGGGACACUGGACCGUACUGGGGUGUACUGAGAAGGCGCUGGGCCCUGCUGGGAGGGACUGGGAUGGCGCUGGGAAGGCACUGGGACGCACUGGGAGCGUACUGGGCUGUACUGGUCUGAACUGGGCUGUACUCCUCUGAAUCCCAGAAAACUGUCACUCUCCGAAGGUCCCAGGAGCCUCCACAGCCUCUGACAGGUUUCAAUCCCAAGGGAUUUCCUGGAGAUCCUGCGGGUGCUGCUGGAAAACCGGAAAUGGGGCCCUGGAUCCGGAUGAUCCCCCUCAUCGCGUUCUCCGGACUCCACCCCACAACGGGGAGAAUCCAUGACCCACUGCUCAUCCUGGAUGGAUUGGAAGACUCCGGAAUCCGUCUCAAGUGCCUCUCGGAGCGGCUCUUUUCCGAAGUCAAGGUGUUGUGGAUGGAUGGGAAAGGCAGGAAUAUCACCGGGAAUCCCCUCAGCACGGACACAUCUGGGAAUGCCGGGAGCUCCAUCGUCCUCAAACCGGGAUCUGGGAACGCCGUGUCCUGCAGGAUCAUUGACAGCCUCGGGAAAACAUCCACGGAAUCCUCCGUCAUCAUCACAGAGAGUUUCUUCCCGACCAUCUCCCUCUGGCUCCCGGCUUUUGUGAUGAUCCUGCUCUUUGGAAUAUUCCUGGUCCUGGCAGCUGUUUAUAAACUCCGGAUCAACCAAAAGGUGACGGAUCAGGAAAAAAAUGCCCAGAAGCAAAUUCAGGAGGACAUCGAGGAAUUCAAGAUGGAGCUGGAGGAAGUGCAGGAAAAAUUCCAGAAGGAAAACCAGGAGAUGACAACAAAAAUCGAACAAAUCCAGGCCCAACUGGAUUUCAGACGUGCCCAGAGCUAUGCGGUCCCGCUGACCCUGGAUGAGCUCUGCAAACAUCCCGAACUCUCCCUCCGGGACCAAUCCCGGGUCGUUUCCUGCUCUGCUGCCGAGCAGCUCCACCCCAAACCCGUCGUCCUGGCCAAGGAAUCCUUUUCUCAAGGGAAGCACUACUGGGAAGUGGAAGUCGGGGAUGGAUCCGGCUGGGAGCUGGGGGUGCUGGCUGAGGAAAUCCGGGAUUCCCUGCGGAACGACGGGAUGGCGCUGCCACGGGAGCAGGAGCAGGUUCUCAGCCUCGGCUAUUCCCGGGGGGAAUUCAGCAUUCCCGGGGGCUGGAAUUCCGGGCCCUGCCCAGUGCUCGGGGUUUUCCUGGAUCAGGAAUCCCACAACCUCUCCUUCUUCGAUGUGGAAGGGAAGAGUCUCCUGGCAUCGCUUCCCUUGAGGUUUUCUGGGAAUCUCUUCCCAUUUUUCAGCCCCGGCUCCGAUGGAAAGGGGUUGGGAAUUCGCUCCGUGGGGGGUUAAUAAUUAAAAUAAUAAAUUAUUUAAAUAUCAAUCGAUUAUCAUAUUUAUAAUUGGUGAUAAUUAAUAAAUUUGUAGAGGGGAUC